CUGCAUCUCCAGAAAGCCAGAAACCCAACUCUGGGACUGGGUAUCCAUCUCCCAACACUUUCGACAACAACCCACGAUUUGUUUUUGCGCUCAAUCAAUUCCCCCAAGUCGUUGAGCUCGUAAUCUCGCCGAAAGUCGAGUUCUUUUCCCAGCUAGCUCCCUCCCUCAGUCGCCGAGCAAAAAGGGGGGGAAACUAUGGCUGCUGCUGCUUCCUUCGUGGCUUCCGCUGCUACUGGAGCUGGACUGGAGCUAGUUUUCGGCACUUUCCUCAAAGUAAUCUUCGAGGUAAAGAAGACCAACUCCCAAUUCGAUCCGGCCCUCGAGCUCCUGGAAGCAACCGUGAAGGAUCUGACCCCCGAUAUCAAGAGAAUCGACGCUUUCAACAGGGAGUUCGAUCGGCCCGACGAGAUGGCCGAUCUCAAGGAGCUGAUGGCGAAGGCGGAGAAAUUGGUCCGCAAAUGCUCCAAGAUCUGGCGUUACAAUAUCUACAAGAGGUAUUUCCACGCCAAGAAGCUUCUCAAGUUGAACGACGAGAUCCCUCUGUAUAUCGGCAGCGUUAUGCAGAUCAUUCAGUUUGCAGACCAGAAAGAGACCCUUUUUGAAGUGAAACAGGUGAGUAACCAGAUCAGGAAGUCCCUCCCUCGAGUUGUGCAGGGUCUGUGCUCACCUCCCGAGCUGAAAGUGGUGCCAAUUGGGUUGGAGAGUCCAUUGAAGGAGUUGAAGGAAGAGCUGCUGAGAAAUGAGCUUCCACUUGUUGUCAUUUCUGCUCCUCAAGGGUGUGGGAAGACCACUCUGGCUACUGCACUCUGUCACGACCGGGAGGUUCGAGACAAGUUCAAGGGCAAUGUUCUGUUUGUCACAUUUGGGACAAGUCCUUGCUUGGUGGAGAUAGUGGGAAGACUUCAUGAGCACUACAAUUGCCCGCUGACUGAAGAACUAUAUAGUGACGAGGACGUAAUUUCUGAACUAGAGAUCCUGAUGAGGAGGAUAGAACCCGAUCCUGUUCUGUUGGUAAUUGAUGAUGUUUGGUCCCGAUCGGAAUCUCUUCUAGAGAGGAUCAAGUUCCAAAUAAAGAACUACCAGAUUUUGGCGACCUCUAGUUCCGAGUUCCCCAGAAUUAGUUCCACUUUCAGAAUGAAACCCUUGAACCAUGAAGAUGCCUUGGCUGUUUUCCAUAAUACCGCAUUCGCGAAUGAUGGUAGCACAUUUAUUCCAGAUCAAGCUGUUGUGAGCAAGAUUGUUGAAGCAUGCAAAGGGUACCCAAAAGCAAUUGCAAGGAGCGGGAGCUCACUACGAGGGAAGCCUGCCGCGGAAUGGCGUAAGAGAGCUAAGGAAUGUUCUGAAUCUGCACAUUCUUCUAAUUUUGGGACUCAAGAAUCUUUUGAAAGCAAAGCCGAGGGAUACUGGGUGGACCAAGGUUCAUUCUCUGAAGUAACCCAAAAGCAAUUGCAAGGAGCAUGCACAGGGCACCCAAAAGCAAUUGCAAGGAGCGGGAGCUCACUACGAGGGAAGCCUGCUGCGGAAUGGUGUAAGAGAGCUAAGGAAUGUUCUGAAUCUGCACAUUCUUCUAAUUUUGAGACUCAAGAAUCUUUUGAAAGCAAAGCCGAGGGAUACUGGGUGGACCAAGGUUCAUUCUCAGAAAUAACCCAAAAUUCUCCUAAUGCUACCCUUGCUGACAUGAAGAUAGAACUGCACAAGUCAGUUGAGGGUGAUGCCAUAGUCGAUUCACACCAGAUCUCUUGUCAGAUUUCAGUCGAUUUUCCUAGUGAGACCAGUAGAGAUUGCUUCUUGGAUGAUCAACGGUUUAUCGUGGAGCAAGGUCUGUUGAGAGAAUUGGCCAAUCUUGGAAACCAAAAAGGGAGCAUUGACAACCAAGGAAACGACUUCCCAAUGAAAGCAGCAGGAACUAAAUACCCAAAUGCUGAAAUCGUCCCAAUCGCUCUGGUGCAGGGUUAAACUAUUCACCAGCCUGAUUCUCCCUAUUGGCCAUGUAAGUUUUUGAUGAUACUUGUACAGCAUAUGCAACAUUAUCGGCAUGGUUUCCACGUUGGGUUGGCUGCUUGCAACACAAGUCUGUGCUGUUGAAGUUGUCCCAAAUAUUGGUGGCAUGCUGGAAUCUUUCUGCAGUUCAACGAAAUGUAUGAAUAAGCUUUGCAAGCAUGGUUCCUUAGGAGCAGCGAUGAACCAACUGAGGAGGUUUAAUCUCAGGGAGGGGUCACAUCUGUGGCAGAAACACAUGAAAUCCUCAUCAAAUUAUAGUCAGCAAUGUUGUUAAUAUGGAUCGCGACCAGUGGAAUCAUCAGUUUGUGUCUCAUUAUUUAGUUCACUUCUUGAUCAAAUUAAUCUGCAUACAGUACCUUAUUGUAAUCUCUCUCACACUCAACUAGCGGGAAUAUAAUGCAAUGUAGUCUUUCGCAUCAUACUCCCCCGGAUUUGGGUUACCAUUAGUGUGGAAUGCUAGGGAUUGUUUGGUAGUUGUGGUUGUAUUCUAAUGGAUAUGUAUUGCAAAUAUAUCUAUGUAUUGAUGGAAUAAUUGUGUUGUAAUGUACGAUUAAGUGUUUUUGUAGCUCAAAAAAUGGAAAAGAUACUAUUACUUUUCGG